UCCCCGGGACGGUGCGCGUUUGCUCAGCGCGCCCUAACUUUUUAUAAACUUCUUUAGGCAUUUCCAAGGAUCUGGAAAUUUUUUUCUGGCUUUUUCUAGCAGCGCAAAAAAACAAAAAAAAACAAAACAAAACAAAAAAGCAACCAAAAGCAAAGGCAAUCAGAGAAGCUGAAAUGAAACUUUCCUGAUCUGCAGGAAUAAUUUUCCUCCAUCCAAAGGAUUUUGUUGCAGCUGGAUGAAAUAACACUUGUGGAGUACUUCUGGGACACUUCAGUGCGGAUAGAGGGGAAGAGCUGCUGCUGCUUUUCUCAUUGAGUUUUGGCUGCAGAAAACUUUGUGGAAUACAAUGCUGUGGAGGCUCUAACUUUUGUAAAGUUGAUGCAUCAUCGGCAUGGACUCUGUCUGAGAAAGGUGGACAGGUUGACUGACCAUGGCGCUCACAGUUAGAGGCUUUGGCCGGUUUCAUUUUGUUCUGCUGAUGCUGUGGACUCUGCCGCGGAGCUGCGCGUCCAGCCAAGUCCGCCAAGAGUUCCGUGUCCUGGAGGAGCAGCCUGUCGGAACCUAUGUGGGCACGAUAGAGACCAAGCCCAGCUUCACGUACCGUUUCAGCGAAAACCACAAACUUUUCGCGAUUAACGGCACCACGGGAGUCAUUUCCACAUCAUCGGUGAUUGACAGAGAAGUUCUGCAAAGUGAUGUCAUUAACGUAGUGGUGCUAUCCAGCCAGCCGACCUACCCCACGGAGGUCCGAAUCGUGGUUUUGGAUAUUAAUGACAACUCUCCGGUGUUUCCUGAUGCGUCCAUAGUGGUGUCCUUUAAGGAGGACGCCAGCAGUGGGAGACAAGUAAUCCUGGACACUGCCACGGAUUCUGACAUUGGAAGCAACGGAGUUGAUCACACCACUUACAGGAUAGUGAAGGGGAACGAGCAGAGGAGAUUCAGUCUGGAUGUUACAGUCAACCCCAGCGGGGAGGGGGCAUUCCUGCACCUCGUCCUAACUGCUGGACUGGACAGAGAGGUUACCCCCUUCUACCAGCUCCUGAUCGAAGUGGAGGACAAAGGAGAGCCGAAAAAGUUUGGCUACCUGCAAGUAAACGUCACUAUUCAGGAUAUAAAUGACAAUCCCCCUGUUUUUGAGCUAGAUCAGUACCAAGCCAGUGUGUUCGAGGAUGCAGCAGUAGGUUCAAGCAUCCUGCAGAUCACAGCAUCAGAUCAGGAUGAGGGAGCCAAUGCUGAAAUCAGGUACUAUUUAGAUGAGGGGACACCUUUUCAAAUUGAUCCUAAAUUAGGUACUAUUAUUAUAAAGGAGGGAUUAGACUAUGAGAUUAAGAAAGAGUACUCACUGACCAUUCAUGCUGUAGACAAUGGUGUUCCCUCUCUGUCAGGCCGGACAGAAGCCACAAUAAAACUUUUAGAUGUGAAUGAUAAUGACCCCGUCGUGAAGUUCAGGUAUUUUCCCACCACUUCUAAAUUUGCCUCCGUUGAUGAAAAUGCACAGAUAGGCACAGUUGUAGCUCUGCUCACAGUUUCAGACUCAGACUCACCCACAGCUAAUGGCAACAUAUCUGUUUCAAUCUUAGGAGGCAACGAGCAGAGACACUUUGAAGUGCAAACAUCUUCUGUGCCCAAUCUAAGUUUGAUUAAAGUUGCGAGUGUGUUAGACAGAGAGAGGAUUUCCUCAUACAAUCUGACUGUUUCUGUUUCAGAUAAUGGCAAACCUAUGGCCAGGUCCUCCUUUGCCAGUCUGGUUAUUUUUGUGAAUGAUAUUAAUGAUCACCCCCCAAUAUUUCAGGAAACACUGUACAGAGUAGAUGUCAGUGAAGGAACUCCAAAAGGCAGCUACAUUAAAGGGGUUUCUGCAACAGAUGGUGAUUCUGGGCAGAACGCCAACCUGAGAUACUCUCUGGUGUCUGGAAACACUUUGGGCUGGUUCUCCAUCAGUGAAAACAGUGGCCUGGUUACCAGUGCCACUUUGCUGGAUAGAGAAAUCGCAUCUGAAAUUGUGCUCAACAUUAGUGCCAAAGACCAGGGGCUGCAGCCCAAGAUUUCCUACACUAAACUGAUAGUUAACAUCACGGAUGUGAAUGACCAAGUGCCUACAUUUACUCAGAGCACAUAUCACGUUUCUCUGGUGGAGCAUGCUCCUGCUGGCACUGAACUGGUGCUGUUGUCUGCCUCAGACGACGACCUCGGGGCCAAUGGAACUAUCCGGUUCUCAUUUGACGCAGAGACCCCUGCCAGCAUCCAGGAGUUGUUUCGUCUGGAUGCCGUGUCGGGCCGAUUAAGCACAAGCGUGGAGCUGGACAGGGAGCAACAGGCCUCAUAUUUGCUCCAUAUCCGUGCAGCAGACGGAGGCAGCCCCCCACUGCACUCUGUAGGAAAUGUCAACAUCACCAUUUGGGAUAUCAAUGACAACAGACCAGUGUUCUAUCCUGUUCAGUAUUUUGCCAAUGUGAAAGAAAAUGAACCCUCAGGUUCUUAUGUGACCACUGUUUCAGCCACAGACCGUGAUUUGGGAAAGAAUGGAACUGUCAAAUACAUCAUUACAGCAGGAGACACUUCCAAAUUCCGUAUUAACAGCAAUACAGGGAAAAUCACUACUCUAGUACCCCUGGACAGAGAGGAAAAAACGGCUUACCAGCUGCAGGUGACAGCAGCAGAUGGAGGAGGCGUGCGCUCACACACCCAGGCCAUUGUGACUGUAACUGUUAUAGACACACAGGAUAAUCCACCUGUCUUCAAUCAGAGGGUGUACAGCUUUGUCAUGUUUGAAAACGUAGCACUUGGGACAGUCAUAGGCACCGUGUCGGCCACCACACUGGACCUAAACACAAACAUUUCCUAUCUAAUCACCUCAGGUGAUCAGAGGGGACUUUUUUCUGUGAGCAAUGCAGGCCAGAUCACAGCAUCCAGUCAGAUAGACAGAGAGGAGCAAGAAUUUUAUCAGCUUAAAAUUGUAGCCAGAGCCGGCGAGAUCACUGGAGAGGCAUUUGUAAACAUAACUGUGAAGGACUUAAAUGAUAAUGCUCCUCAUUUUAUUCACAAUAUGGAACAUGUGAGCGCUGUGGAAAACUGGAGUACAGGACAUGUAAUAUUCCAGGCAAAAGCAUCAGACCCUGACGAAGGUCCCAACGGCAUGGUGAGCUACAGCCUGAAAGAGAACCCAAAAGGCCUGUUUCACAUCCAUGAGCGGCAUGGUCUGAUCACACUGACUGGCCCGCUGGAGGUCACAACAAGCUCUUACGAGAUCGAAGUCAUGGCUGCAGACAUGGGGCUUCCCCGGCUAACCUCCAGCCUCAUCCUGAUCAUCAGCGUUUAUGAUGUCAAUGACAACUCACCUGUGUUUGAUCAGCUCUCAUACGAAGUCAUCAUUUUAGAGUCUGAACCUGUCAACAGCCGGUUCUUUAAAGUGCAGGCCACUGACAAAGACUCUGGUCUCAACGGGGAGAUUAUGUAUGACAUCACCAGUGGCAACAUGGGUGAUGUGUUUGGGAUUUUUCCAGAUGGACAGUUAUACAUAAAAACAGAGCUGGACAGAGAGAUUCAGGACAGAUAUAACUUGGUGCUUGAAGCCAAAGACAGGGCUGUGGAACCACUGAGCGCCUCAGUAAAUGUCACUGUGAUCCUGGACGACGUGAACGAUAACCGUCCUCUCUUUAAUAGUACUAAUUAUGUGUUUCAUUUUGAGGAGGAGCAGACGAGAGGAUCGGUUGUUGGGUAUGUUUUUGCUGAGGAUAAGGACUUUGGCCCUAACAGUGAGGUCAGAUACACAUUUGAAAUCCCGCAGCCCAAUUUUGAGCUAAACACCAUCACCGGGGAGCUUACCAGCACACUGAAGCUGGACCGUGAGUCACUGAUGAGGCAAAGGGGUGCUGCUGUGUUUAGCUUCAUUGUCAUCUCAUCAGAUCAGGGUCUCCCAAAACCCCUCAGAGAUCAGGCCAAGGUACAGGUUUACAUUCAAGAUAUCAAUGACAACCCUCCGAAAUUCACCAAAGACGUUUAUCAGGCCUCCAUCUCUGAGUCAGCUCAAAACAUGACUCAGCUGCUGCGGGUCUCUGCCUCAGAUGUGGAUGAGAACAAAAAUGGACUUGUUCAUUAUCACAUUGUUGAGGGAAAUGAGGAACAUCAGUUCACGAUAGAUAGCAACUCUGGACAGGUGACUUUAGUUGGAAAGCUGGACUAUGAAACCACUUCUUCUUACUCACUUAAAAUUAUAGCUGCUGAUGCUGGAACUGUGCCUUUGUCUUCCUCUUGUCUUCUGAGCAUUAGCAUUCUGGAUGAAAAUGAUAACUCCCCAUCCUUCCCUAAAUCCUCCCUGGCUGUGGAUGUGCUAGAGAACAUGAGGAUAGGGGAGCUUGUGGCAUCUGUUACUGCCACGGACGCAGAUUCGGGUCGGAAUGCAGACAUAACAUACAGCAUCACAGCCACAAACAACCACGGCACUUUCAGUAUUAGCCCCAACACCGGCAGCAUCUUUCUGAUUAAAAAACUGGACUUUGAGACACAAUCACUUUACAAACUCAACAUAACUGCAAAGGACAACGGUAGACCUCCUCGCUCCUCAUCCAUACCUGUGGUCAUUUAUGUGCGGGAUUUUAAUGACAAUCCUCCUAUAUUUGCCCCUGGAGACAUUUUCAAAUCUAUCCCUGAAAAUCUUCCUCUCUCAGCCUCGGUCAUGACCAUUAUAGCUCACGACACAGAUGCAGACAUAAAUGGACAGCUACAGUACUCUAUUGUUCAGCAGAUUCCUCGAGGGAGCCACUUCAACAUCGACCCAAGCUCUGGGCUCAUUUACACCAAUAAGGAAAUUGACAGGGAGUUUUCUAACCUGUUUGAGUUGACCAUCAAAGCCACAGAUCAGGCAGUUCCAGCUGAAUUCCGACGAUUUGCAUUGAAAAAUGUCACCAUAUGGGUUACAGACCUCAAUGACAAUGUUCCUACUUUUGUAUCCCAGAAUGCUCUUGUGGCUGAGCCCAACAUUGUUAUUGGCUCCAUCCUGACAACAGUGAUGGCCCUAGACCCUGAUGAUGGGGAAAACGGGGAAGUGGAGUAUGAGCUUCUGGAAGGGGAUGCAGACACCUUCAUUAUGGACAGGUACAGCGGGGAUAUUCGCCUGGCUUCCCAGCUGGUCCCAUCUCGACUCAUGUACACUCUGGCAGUGUCAGCAACAGACCACGGCACCGACCGUAAGACCUCCAGAACUGAACUGACAAUCAUCCUUCAAGGGAUAGAUGGACCCGUUUUCUCUCAGCCCAAAUACAUAACCAUCCUUAAAGAAGGCCAACCGCCGGGAACAAAUGUCAUCUCCUUGGAUGCCUCAAGUCCAAGGAGCUCUUCAUCAAAAGUGGAGUAUUUCAUUGUGGCAGUACGGAGUGGAGGAAAAGCCGUUGGACGCCUUUUCACCAUUGGACGCCACACUGGAGUGAUACAGACUGCUGCGGAGCUGGACAGGGAACAAGGGUCCGACCUGUACCUGGUGGACGUGUACGCCAUUGAGACAGAUGCCAGCCAGCCCAGAACACAGCGUGCUGAGGUGGAGAUCACUCUGCAGGACAUCAAUGACAACCCACCUGUUUUUCCUAAUGAUAUUCUGGAUGUGACCAUUGAGGAGAAUGUUGGAGAUGGCUUCAAGAUAAUGCAGCUAACAGCCACAGAUGCAGAUGAGGGUCCCAAUGCUCUAGUGACUUACACCAUCAUCAGUGGGGCAGAUGACAGCUUUCGCAUUGACCCCGAAUCUGGUGACCUGAUCGCCACCAAGAAGCUGGACAGGGAAAGGCGCUCAAAAUAUUCCCUCCUGGUGCGAGCGGACGAUGGAAAGCAGUCAUCUGACAUGAGGUUGAACAUCACUGUCCAAGACGUCAACGACCACACGCCCAAGUUCUCCCGCGCGACAUACUCAUUUGACAUCCCCGAGGACAUGGCGCCAGGCUCCAUCGUUGCAGCAAUCCUGGCAAGUGACUCUGACUCGGGGGUGAACGGAGAGGUCACCUACUCGCUGGAGGAGGACGAUGAAGACGGGACCUUCCUUCUCAACCCAGUGACGGGCGUUUUCAAUGUGACGCGUCCAUUGGACUAUGAGACCCAGCAGUACUAUAUCUUAACUGCGAAAGCUGAGGACGGUGGUGGACAGGCCAGUACAGUCCGGGUUUAUUUCAACGUCCUGGACGUGAACGACAACUCCCCCAUCUUCAACACCACUGUGUACAGCGCUUCUGUCUCAGAGAGCCUGCCGCCUGGAUCCGGUAUCGUCACAGUUCUGGCCAGUGACGCUGAUGAUGGUCCAAAUGCUCAGCUUCUCUACAAAAUUUCAUCUGGUGAUCCUCAUGGCCACUUUGCCAUCACCAAGGAAGGUGUUCUCAAAAUCAAGAGGGCACUCGACCGAGAAACCCAGUCCUUCUACAACCUGGCGAUCACUGUCAAUGACCUGGCACCGCCUCCCGCCACCCGUUUCACCAGCACCACCCAGGUUUCAAUCAUCCUUCUGGACGUCAACGACUGCCCUCCCACCUUCACAUCCCAGAAGAUGACGUACAUUCAGGAGAACACACCGGUGGACACCGUGGUGUUCACCGCCCAGGCCACAGACGCCGACAGUGGACCCAACAGCUAUGUGGAAUAUUCCCUCAGAGGAACUUUUAGUAAUAAGUUUAGUAUCGGUGUGAUCGCUGGGGAUGUCAGAUUGGUCGGAGAACUGGACAGGGAGGAACUUUCCAACUACACCCUUACCAUUGUGGCUACAGAUAAAGGUGAGCCCCCUCUAUCCUCCACCAUGGACGUGACUAUGAUGGUUCUGGACGUCAACGACAACACGCCAAGCUUCUCACAAAACAUCUAUGACAUUGAGAUCGAGGAGAAGAUCUUGACUGGCACUGAUGUCAUCCAGGUGUUUGCCACUGAUGCUGAUGAUGGUACCAAUGGACAGAUCCGGUUCUCCAUCGCCGGAGGAAACACCAACAAUGAUUUCCGAAUUGAUUCAGUCACAGGGGUGAUUUCAGUUGCCAGACAGCUUGACCGUGAGACACAUUCAUCCUAUUCAUUGGAGGUCCAGGCUUCAGACCGUGGAAGCAGCCCCAGAGUGGACCGCACAACCGUCAACAUUGUUUUAUUAGAUGUUAAUGACUGUUCACCAGUGUUUGAGCUCUCUCCUUACACCAUCAAUGUCAAGGAGAACCUUGAGAACUUACCAAACACCAUUCUGCAGGUUGUUGCCAGAGAUGAUGAUCAAGGAGCCAACGGACAGUUGAGCUACAUGCUCAGCGGUGGGAACGAUGAGGGAGCGUUCACCCUGUCAUCCAGCGGACAGCUCAGUGUUACCCAGACUCUGGAUCGGGAAACUCGAGGGAAAUACACCCUGCUUAUUACUGCCACUGACUCAGGCUCUCCAUCCCUCAGUGGGACGGGAACGGUAACCAUCCUAGUGGAUGAUGUCAACGAUAACAUCCCUGUUUUUACCGCCUCCACCUUCCACACUACCAUCAUGGAGGACGCCCCAACAGGAACGGACGUGCUUCUGGUCAACAGCUCUGAUGCAGAUGUGGGCAACAAUGGCGUUAUAAGCUACAGUCUAAGUGGGGGACAUGGCCAGUUCUCUAUCAACCCUGCAACAGGGCAGAUUAUUACCAGCUCUCUCCUGGACCGAGAGGAGAGGGACAAUUACCAGCUGCUGGUUGUUGCGACAGAUGGAGGGCAGCCCCAGGGCUUGUCGAGCUCCGCCACCGUGUCCGUGACGGUGGCCGACAUCAAUGACAAUCCUCCACGCUUCCAUCAUCACCCCUACGUGACCCACAUCCCUGCCUCCACUGCAACAGGGUCCCUGGUUUUUGCUGUUACCGUCACUGAUGAGGACUCCGGCUCUAAUGCCCAGCUGCACUAUUCCUAUGGUCGGAACUCAGAGAAGUUCAAGAUCGAUCCAGUAAGAGGCGCCAUCACUGCCAAUGAGAGGCUAUCUGGAAGUUCAGAGGUUACCCUGACAGUUCGCGUAAAGGACGGUGGAGCUAACCCAAAAAUGGAUACGACCACAGUGACAGUGCGAUUUGUUACGGGAGGAAACUUUCCCAUCAUCAAGCUGAAGGAGCGGGCGUUUACUUUUCUGGAGAAUCAACCUACCAACCACAUUGUCACAACAGUGACAGGGUCUUCUAUGAGGGGUGGACCAUUGUCAUACUACAUAGCAAGUGGCAACCUUGAUUAUGCCUUUCACAUAGAUCAGCUCUCAGGCGAGUUAUCCAUCAGACAUCCGCUGGAUUACGAGCACAUUUCCAAAUACGUUUUAUGGAUUGAAGCCAGAGAUCAGGGUUUCCCCCCUUAUUCUUCAUAUGAGAAAGUAGAAAUAAAUGUUCUGGAUGUGAAUGACAACCACCCAGUGUUUGAUAAGGAUCCCUUUCAUGCUGAGAUACUGGAGAACCUAUCACCACAGCGUGUCCUGAUGGUCACCGCCGUUGACUUGGACAGUGGCAAUAAUGGACAGCUGGAAUAUGCUAUAAUCGAGGGCAACAAGGAGAACAGUUUCAGCAUCAACCGAGCCACUGGUGAAAUACGAACCACUAGGCCACUGGACCGAGAGAAAGUAGCGCUUUAUGCACUAAAAGUGAAAGCCACUGAUCGAGGUUCACCACCAAAAAACACAGCAGUUAAGGUGCUAAUUAAUGUGCUGGAUGUGAACGAUAAUGCUCCCAGGUUUUCCAAGAUAUUCAGUGCAACAGUGGCUGAAAAUGCCCCUGUUGGCUUCACCGUUACCAGAGUCACAACCACAGACGAAGAUGCAGGUUCAAACGCCGUUAGCCGCUACUCUGUUACAGAUGGCAGCCUUCCAUUCAGUAUUAAUCCAAGCACAGGGGACAUAACUAUCAGCAGGCCACUUAAUAGAGAAGACACAGAUCACUACAUCAUUAAAGUGUCUGCUCAUGACUCUGGCUGGACAGUAAGCACAGACGUAACAAUAUUUAUAACAGACAUUAACGACAACGCUCCCAGGUUCAGCCGUCCAUCUUAUUACUUGGACUACCCGGAGCUCACAGAGGUUGGUUCUCUGGUCACACAGGUCUUGGCCACAGAUCCAGACGAGGGAGUCAAUGGCAAAAUUUUCUACUUCAUUCGAUCCCAGUCAGAGUACUUCAGAAUCAAUGCCAGCUCUGGAGAUGUGUUCAUCAAGCAGCAGUUAAAGUAUCAGAACUCAACUGGUGCUGCCAGUGUAAAUAUAAACCGGCACAGCUUCAUUGUGACAGCCUCAGACCGAGCAGUGAAGCCUUUAAUGAGUGAAACAACAGUGAUUGUAAAUAUAGUAGACAGUAAUGAUAACCCUCCUGAGUUUGAUUCAACCACUUACUUCACUCCCGUCACUAAAAGUGUCAAAGUUGGCACCAGACUAAUAAAAAUCACAGCUUAUGAUAAGAAAGAUUUUGGCCUUAACUCUGAGGUUGAGUACCUGAUAACAGGAGGGAACAGCUCCAGUAAAUUCAAACUAGACAAAAUAAGUGGGUGGAUUACAGUUGCUGCUUCCCUCACGUCUGAUAUAAAUAAGAUUUUCCUCAUUGACAUCACUGCGAGGGACAAAGGAAAUCCUCCCUUGUCUGCACAAACAACAGCGAGAAUUGUAGUGACAGAAGAAAACCAUCACACACCAGAGUUCUCACAAAGCCAAAUUUCAGCCACAGUACCUGAAAGCCUCGCUGUGGGAACAGCAAUCAGAACUCUCUCUGCCAGAGACAAAGACAAAGAAAUGAACGGCCUUAUCACUUACAGUAUAACCUCAGGCAAUGAUAAGGGUUUGUUUACAUUGAACAGUAAAACUGGUGUGUUAUCCUUAGCUAAUUCUUUAGACUAUGAAGAGCAGCACCAACAUGAACUAAGAGUUUCAGCUACUGAUGGUGGCUGGAUUGCAAAAUCAAGUUAUGUCUCAGUCACAGUACAAGUUACUGAUGUAAACGACAACCCUCCUGUUUUCGAUCCCGAUGAGUAUUUCCCAUCUGUGCAGGAGAACGUCCCCAGUGGCACCACUGUGCUCAAAAUGAAUGCUACAGAUCGGGAUUCAGGAUUAAACGCUGUCAUGGCGUAUGUGAUUCAGUCAUCAGAUAGCGAUCUGUUUGUUAUCGACCCAAACACGGGCACUAUCACCACCCAGGGAUUUUUGGACUACGAGGCAAAGCAGGUUUACCAUUUAACAGUGAAGGCUUUCAAUGUCCCUGAUGAGGAGCGCUGCAGCUUCGCCAACAUCAACAUCCAGCUUAAGGGAGCCAACGAAUACGUUCCUCGCUUUGUUUCCAAACAGUACUACUUUGAGAUCUCAGAAGCUGCUCCAAGAGGCACAGUUGUCGGGGAAGUGUUCGCCAGUGAUCGGGACCAGGGAGAGGAUGGAGUGGUUUAUUAUCUCAUAUUUGGAAGAAGCAGAAAGAAAGGUUUUGGCAUCAACAAGAAGACUGGUCAGAUUUAUGUCACAGGUUCUCUGGACCGUGAGAAAGAAGAAAAGGUUUCCCUGAAAGUGUUGGCAAAGAAUGCAGGAAGCAUCCAUGGGGCAGAUAUUGAUGAAGUGUUUGUUAAUAUCACUAUUCUUGAUGCCAAUGAUCCCCCUGUUUUUACCCAAGACCUGUACGACGUGCAGGUCAGUGAAGGUCUACCCCCUGGUGGGCUUGUCACCUUUGUAAGUGCUGAGGAUUCAGACUCUGUCCCCAGUUGGAGCAGGUUUUCUUACUCCAUUGAUCCUGAGCUCAACAAAAAUGUGUUUACAAUAAAUCCAAAAACAGGUCAGGUGUCUGUAGCUGCGCAGCUGGACAGAGAAACAACUCCUGUCUAUAAUCUGACAGUUCUUGCAGUUGACACGGGCACACCUCCUGCCACCGGAAGCGCGACCAUCAUUGUGAAUUUGGAAGACAUCAAUGACAACGGUCCAACAUUGAUGACCACCUACACUGAGGUGAUGGAGAACCAGAGAGCAGGCUCUUCAGUCACAACCCUGACAUCCUCAGAUCUGGAUCUACCUCCCAACCAGGGCCCUUUCCUCUACAGUCUUCUGAGUUCUGGCUCUGCCAACAGCUACUUCAGUCUCAGUUCAGCUGGUAUCCUGACCACCAGCCGGGAGAUUGACAGAGAACAGAUUAGUGACUUCUAUCUCUAUGUGGUGAUCAAGGACUCUGGUGUGCCUCAGAUGUCCUCCACUGGAACGGUUCAUGUUAAGAUAAAUGAUCAGAAUGACAACCCUUCAGAGUCACGGUCCAUGGAAAUCUAUGUCCACUAUUUCGGAAACACAUUUUCUGGAGGUUCUUUGGGAGAUGUUAGACCUCAAGAUCCUGACAUCCAUGAUCGGUUCCACUGCUCCCUUAUUCCUCCAUCAUCUGGUCUGUUUGCUAUCCCAACAGGAACAUGUAACCUCAACUCUAAAGCCCGCUCAACAGACGGAACAUUUGAACUAACCAUUCGCAGCAGUGAUGGUGUCCAUGGAUCGGUUAGUAGCACAGCCAAAGUUUUCUUUAUGGGUUUCAACAAUGCCACUGUAGACAAUAGCAUCCUCAUCAGACUGCACUCUGAUGGAGUCAAAAGCUUUCUCACCAAUCACUACCUCAGCUUCUUACGCAUUGCCAACUCUCAGCUAGCAGGACUAGGCACAGGGGUGCUGCUUUAUGGAGCAUUUGAGCUCAACAAUCAGACUUUCCUGAUGGCAGCUGUGAAACGGGGCCAUGGACAAUACGUGAACCCCAGCGGCGUGGCCACAUUCUUUCAGAGUAUCAAAGACAUUUUAUACAGACAGAGUGGGGUGCAAAUAGAUGCAGUAGACCAUGAUCCAUGCACGCACAAUCCAUGCCAGAACGGAGGCAGCUGCAAGCGGCGUCUCAGUGUCGGGCCUGAUAUGAAGACAGAAGAAAGUGUCCCUGUGAUCCUCGUUUCCAACCACCCCCUGCAGCCGUAUGCCUGCGGCUGCAGGCCGGGAUACGCAGGAGCCCUGUGUGAGAUGGACAUUGACGAGUGCCAGCCAUCGCCUUGCCACAAUGGUGGCACCUGCCACAAUCUGGUUGGGGGGUUUUCCUGCACCUGUCCUGAGGGAUUCACCGGUAUGGCCUGUGAGAGGGAUGUCAACGAAUGCCUUUCCAAUCCCUGCAAGAAUGGGGCGCUGUGCCAGAACUUCCCCGGUGGCUUCAACUGCCUCUGCAAGUCUGGGUUUGCAGGCAAAACGUGUGACUCCAUCAUCAAUCACUGUGAGUGUAACCCUUGUUUUAAUGGCGGCUCCUGUCAGAAUCGGUUGGAUGGAUAUUACUGUCACUGUCCGUUUGGUGUUUUUGGCAAACACUGUGAACUGAACAGCUAUGGUUUUGAGGAGCUCUCCUACAUGGAGUUUCCCACUCUGGAUCCCAACAAUAACUAUAUCUACAUCAAGUUUGCCACUCUGAUGAGCAACGCCCUGCUGAUGUACAACCACGACAAUCAGACGGGUGACAAGGCUGAGUUCCUGGCGUUGGAGAUCUUUGAGGGCAGAUUGCGUUUUUCCUUCAACCUGGGCAGUGGGACCUACAAACUUAUGACCAUGAUUAAAGUUUCAGACGGCCAGUUCCACACAGUCAUCGCCAGGAGAGCUGGGAUGGCAGCAUCGCUUACUGUGGAUCUGUGCGGUGAGGAUCAGGAACCAGGAUAUUGUGCCGUUAGCAACGUGGCUGUUCACACUGACUGGAUUUUGGACGUGCAGCCCAACCGGCUCUCGGUCGGCGGCGUCAGGUCGAUAGAACCCAUCCUUCAUCGCCGGGGUCAGAUCGCCACCCAUGACUUUGUCGGCUGCAUCAUGGAGCUUGCCGUCAAUGGUCGCCCGCUGGAGCCCAGUCAGGCCCUGGCAUCGCGUGGCAUCCUUGACAGAUGCCCAAGACUGGAAGGAGCCUGCACCGCCAGCCCCUGCAGACAUGGGGGCACCUGUUUGGACCACUGGUCUUGGCAGCAGUGUCAGUGUGUGGAUGGUUUUACAGGAAAAUUCUGCGAAAAGUACAUGACAGCAGACACUGCACUGUCUCUGGAUGGCACUGGCCGCCUCGACUACACACUGAAGCAGGGACCCAAACGUGACGUCCUGCUCAGACAGUCGCUCCAGGGCGUGGCGUCCAACUGGAUCAGCCCGAGCAGCCUGGAAGUGAAGUUUAGGACACGGAGCAAGACUGGCACUCUGUUGCACAUUCAGGAAAGCAGCAACUACACCACUGUUAAGUUGAGGAAUGGCAACAUCAACUACAUCUCGGAUGCUGGUGUUGGUGGAAAGGUGGAGAGGACUCUGGGAGACGCUGUAUUAUCGGACGGCCAGUGGCACAUCCUCCGGAUGUUUAAGAACGGCUCGUCCACUGUCCUCCAGGUGGACGGUGGACUCCCCAGACCCAUCCAACACGCCACCCAAGACUUCGGAGGUCUCAGUGUUCUGACCUUCUCGUUAGGUGGGAUCCCACCUGGACCCGCUCAGCAGAAAACUGGAGCAGGUUUUGACGGCUGCCUGGCAUACGUAAAGUACAAUGGGGAGAACCUGCCAUUUACUGGAGAGCACAGCCUUGUGGCGUUAACCAAGACCAGUUCAUCUGUAAAGAUCGGCUGCAGAGGGCCCAACUUGUGCGAGAGCAACCCGUGUUUAGAUGGCUUGAUGUGUGUCAACCAGUGGUACACAUAUCAAUGUGUCCCGCCCGGCGACUGUGCCUCUAAUCCCUGCCAGAACCACGGCAGCUGCAUCCCAGACCCCCACUCCGGGUUCACCUGUAUCUGCUCUGAAUUCUACACUGGCAAGAUUUGCGAAACUCUGGUGGCCUGUCUGGGAGUCCAGUGCCCUCAAGGUACCGUCUGCACCACAGCCGACAAUGGUGGCUUUGUCUGCAGUCCCAGUCCUACAGUAGAAGCCAUGGUUCUACCCAUCUGGGCUGUGCCGGCUAUUGUCGGCAGCUGUGCUACCGUCCUUGCGUUGGUGGUGCUCAGCCUGAUCCUGUGCAACCACUGCAAAGACCGCAACAAGACCAAAGUGCCAAAGGAACCUAAGGAGAAGAAACCUAGUGAGAAGAAAAAGAAGAAAAAGAAGAAGGGUAGUGAGAAUGUCGCUUUUGAUGAUCCAGACAACAUCCCACCAUAUGGAGAUGACAUGACAGUCCGAAAACAACCAGAAGGGAACCCUAAACCAGACAUUAUUGAGAGGGAGAACCCAUACUUGAUAUAUGACGAAACAGAUAUUCCCCACAACAAUGAGACUGUUCCCAGUGCUCCCUGUGCACCUUGUAACGGGCCAGAGGCAGAUAUUGAACAUUAUGACAUUGACAAUGCCAGCAGUAUUGCACCAUCAGAUGCAGACAUCAUCCAACACUACAAGCAGUUCCGUAGCCACACUCCCAAGUUUUCUAUCCAGAGACACAGCCCUCUGGGCUUUGCUAGACAGUCGCCGUUACCACUAGGGGCAACAAGCUACACUUAUCAGCCUCAGUACACGCAAGCCCUGAGGUCCACUCCACUCAGCCACUCCCACUCUGCCUGUCCGACCCCCAACCCGCUUUCCAGACAUUCCCCAGCUCCAUUCACCAAACCUUCUUCCUUCUACCGCAACACUCCCACCAGAGACCUCAACCUGGCUCGCCGUGAAGGCAGCCCACUGGACAUGCACAAUGACAUGUGCCAACCCCCGCCCAUGUUCAACUACGCCACCCGGCUGGGGAGGCGCAGCAAAAGUCCACAGACGAUGGCCGGCCAUGGCCACACCUCCAGGCCGGGUAGCCGGCUGAAGCAGCCAAUCGAACAGAUCCCUCUAGAGACAGGGCCUCCAGUGGGGCUGUCCAUUGAAGAGGUGGAGAGGCUUAACACACCACGUCCACGCAACCCCAGCAUCUGCAGCGCUGACCACGGGCGCUCCAGUUCAGAGGAGGACUGCCGCAGGCCGCUGUCAAGGGUCCGCAACCCAGCUGAUGGUAUUCCUGCUCCAGAGUCCUCGUCUGAAAGUGACUCACAUGACUCCUUCACCUGUUCGGAGAUGGAGUACGACAGGGAAAAGCCCGUCUCCUACAGCUCCAGAGUUCCCAAGCUCUCGCAAGUCAACGAGUCAGAUGCUGACGAUGAGGACUAUGGUGGGAGGCUCAAGCAGAGGCGAUAUUCUAGCCGGCGGGCAGAAGGCGGGCCUGGCAUUGCCCAGACACCUUCUGCUGAGCAGCACUACACACUGCCCCACAAACUGGGCCAGCAAGCUGGGGGCUUCAACUGGGACAAUCUUUUGAACUGGGGGCCCGGCUUUGGACAUUAUGUUGAUGUUUUUAAGGACUUAGCUUCGCUUCCUGAGAAUGCUGCAGCGAAAGACAUUGAAAUGAAUAGCGGGGAUGGCUCAGUAACCAUUCUUAAUGAAGGAGAAGCUGAGCAAUAUGUAUGAGACUAUUUAUUACAGUGUUGUAGAAUUUUGUCAAUCGUCAUUCUAAAAAAAGAAAGGCUGUAUAUUUUGUGAGUAAAUUCAAGUGUAUGUUUUUAUUGAUAUUCAACAGAAAAAGACGAAUUUUAAUGCAGUAAGGCAGAAAACCGAGGAACGAUUUCAUCAAUGCCACCUUGGAAUAGUUUACCAGUCUUUUCUAGGUUGAAAUUGUACAAACUGUGCACUCAUCUCUCUGAGACCUCAUUAAGUAUAUCCAUCGAUAAUGGAUGGCUUUUGGAAGAAAACCCUCACCUGAGUUCAAUUUAGGAGCUUAUGUUAUCUCGAUCAAGCAUUUUUGUCCUUUAUUACCAAUAAUAUUCCCCCUCCUGAAAUAUUCUGUCAAGAGAUAAGAAAAUGGCUGAAUAGAAAGUCACAGAAGUUCAUGACUACAUUUAUGAAAGGAGUCUAUUUUUAGGGAUGCAUUAUUCAUUUUUUAAAAAGAAGCAUGUGUUUAAUCAAAAAGCACCUGACACAGCCCUCCUGUGUGAAAACAAUCACUUUCAAUGUUUUUCAGACCCCACCAUUGAUCUGAUCUUUAUUUUUUUGCCUUACUCCGGUUCCUCCUCUAAGACUGGCUAAAAUGUCCCAAGAGUGAAAGGUAAUCACGUCUGCUGCCUUACAGACAUUUGAGGAUUCAGUUUUAUUGGCCUGAGGAGAUAGUCUUUUUGGGAAAAAGUGUUUGUUAAGAAAAAAUUGCAUUAACACUCUCUGACCAGCCAAUAUUCUCCCUGGCACUUAUGAAAAUAAAAAUGUUGAUUCUGUAAACAUGACCUGAACUAAAACUUAAUGAACUUAUGUACAUUUUUUCUUAUUUUAUAAAAAAUCACAGUCAUUUGUCAUGUUGGUGGUGUUCUUGUUCAUUAUGUUGACAUGUAUGGUUUCUACAUUUUUUGUACUGUUUAUUAACUUAAAUUACUUUAGCAGUGUUUUUAUGCAAAUUUUCAUAUGCUGAAAUGUUAUGUUCUUACUUUCAGGGAAAGUAAGAUCGAUUACUUAUUUUUUACAUUUGUUACAUAUGUAACAUCAGUAUUUUCCACUUUUGAUAAAACUAUAACAUGCUGUAUGCUUUGUACCUGUAAAAAGCCAAUAACAGAAUAAAAAAAGGUAUUUAUU